AUGAGAGAGGAGGUCCUAAGCAAGGGCGAUACUCUUCUAUUCGCCCCCUUCCCUUCUCAUUACCCCCUACAGCUCGUAGUCGCUCACUCUCACUUCACCCACCGGACGUUCCAAAGCAAGAAUCUCGUCACCAUGUCCGACAACCCACUCCAGAGAGAACUCGCCUCUCUCACCCGCAUGGGGACAUGGCUUCGGGAGAAGCAUGGGCCUGCGUCUGAUCCUCGAACACACUUUGAGGCUCUGAAGGCGGAGAACGAGGCUUUGAGGGGACAACUAAGAGACGCACUCCUUCACCCACCACCCGCCGCACGCCCAAUCAACCUGCACCACCACGGCAGAGGGCCGCAUCUAGUACAAACUGAGGACGCGUGUUACAAGAGCAUCCGCAAUAGUGCCGCGAGCCUAGAUGCUAGCGUAGCUGAAGGACAUCCCCUUAGCAUCAAGUUCGGCCUCAGCAAGUUGGAGUUCCGUCUUACAAUACUCAACGCGAUCCUUCCUCAACAGGUGCUUCUUUCGACCGACUGUCCGUCAAUCCGAGUUGUUCUUGCUGUUCGCGAAAGAAACAGCUCGGCUGAAGCAGCGACGAGCCUCAACGAAGUCAUGGUGUCCGCCCGCCCGAUCAAAAAUGAAGAAGAUGACGUGGAGGCACUCAACGGAGUCAAAGCCAAGGAUCGCUCAAUGAAGAUCCAACCGGUCGCACGCUAA